AUGGAAAACGAUGUCGAGCUCUAUUCGGAGCAAAAAGCGUCCGGGAGUAAUCGAAAGCCAAGCGCAUCGAGUGGAACGAAAUCGGCGUCGUCGUCUUCAUCAUCCGGAUCUUCCAAGAAGAAACCCGAUGCAAAGGUGGAAACAUUGGAGGAAAAGCGUAAAAGAGAUAGCAUUUUCACGCUCUUUCCGGACGUACAGUGGAAACCAACGGUGGAAGAGAGUGUGAGUCUGCCGGUGCAGUACUGCGAUUGGAUGGAACCGUUUAGCUGCGAUGGAAGAUUUAUCGCCCGGUACGAUCUACUGCCAAUGGAGCUGAUCCUGAAAAUCUUCAAGCAGCUCAAUGCUAGCGAUCGGUUGGCAGCGAGCGAAACCUGUCGCCGAUGGUUCGAGGCAGCUCACUACUAUGAGCCGUUUCAACGGCGAAUGUACUUCAACUUCGAUCGCAUCGAGUUUAACGAUGAGGAGGGUCCGAUUAAGUACUUCUCGAAACCGAUGAGAACUUACCCGUACCUUACGUUCACUUUCGUGGAGUUUACCAAGCACAGUGACUUCUGGUUAAAUAGUGGAAUGUACAUACGGGAACUAACGUUGCGCUGCUGUCUGAUACGCAAGAAGAAGUUUAUCACGAUCAUGAAGAAUUUACCGAUGCUAGAGCGGCUUGAGCUGAUGCAGUGCGAUGAGUUGUUUAAGCACUGGACGCUUGAUUACAGCACGGAUGAACCGAUGUUUCCCUUUUCUUUGCCACACCUGAAACACCUUUCGUUGGCUGCGUGCGAUUACUACAACGAGUACCAUUUUGAGCGAUUCAUCGAAGCAGCACCAGCGCUGGAGUCGAUUGAUGUUUCGAACUGUUUCAUCAAUCUGUAUCUAUCGCGUCGCAUGACCAUGAUAUCGCGUGUUCUACGUUUGGUCAGUAAAAAUCGGCUCUUCAUGAAGGCACUUAACAUCAGCGACAUUCCCUGCUUUGAUGACGUCGCUUGGCAUCUGCUGGCGGAGAUGAAUGGUCUGUUCCUUACGCACUUUACCGUCACCUACACUGAUCGCAUUCCGCUGAAGGAUCCGGGAAUUUUGAAGUUCUUCAGUGUGCAGACACGUCUCACCCAUCUCGAUCUGACAUCGUCGAUCGGUGUAAACGACGUGUGUUUGCAGUUGAUCGUAGAAAGUUGUCCACUGCUGGAGGUUUUGAAGCUGCGCCGUUGCUGGUUGCUUUCGGACGAAGGUGUACAGGAUCUGCACACGCUUAAGCAUCUGCGAGUGCUGGACGUUUCGAGCUGCGAACGUAUUUCGGACUAUGGCAUGCGGGUGGGUAUUAUCGGAAAGCGAGCGCGGCCAAUGGAUGAGGCGUACUUUUCGCUCUUGUGCACGCUCAGCGACUACACGAUGUACUAUCUUGUGCUGAUGUUCAAAAAUCUCCAAGUGCUCGAUCUGGAUAGUAAUGCGACCAUUACGGACACUUCGCUACAGUAUCUGUGCUGUUACUCGCAGGAACUCCGUAACUUAAACCUCCAGUCGUGUACCAAGCUGGUCGUGCAGAUAUUCAAGUACCUCUCGCCAAGUGAUCGUCGAUCGGCAUGUUUCGUCUGCAGCCGUUGGUACGAAGCGUCCAAGUACUGCCGAUUCGCGGAGCAAAUGGUUCUCCAUCUGGUCGGGGUAGAUUUCGAUGAUUUCAAGCCACCUGUCAAGAAUCUCAUCCUCGCCGAUCGGAAGUAUCCGCUGAUAAAGUUGUCCAGAGUGAAACUAAACGUACAAAGCAAGUUCUGGCAAAACUAUGGUCCAUUUGUGCACGAGAUCACGUUCGAGAAGUGUAUGAUCUGGAGGGAGCGUGUGAUUUCGCUGUUCAAGCAUAUGCCUAACCUACGAGUGGCACGCUUCGUUGAGUGCGAUCUGCUAAGAGACGAUCUGUUCCGCACGUGGAAAUUCUUCGACAACGGUCUGUACACGAUCGACUUUCCGGGCGUGGAGACACUGUCGCUUGCCAAAAACAACUUCAGCCAGCUACAGUUCGAGUCGAUGGUGGAGAUGAUGCCAAAUCUGACACGGGUGGAUUUUUCAAACUGCUUCCGGCAGGUGGAAACCAGCCGUAAGAUGUUUCUGCUCAGCUGCAUCCAGAAGUUUAUCGUGCGCCGACAGUACGUGCUACGAUCGGUUAAUAUUAGUGGCAUUCCGGUGGAUGACAUCUUCCUGCGAGGGUUAGCAGACGCAACAGGGUUACUACUGGACGAGCUUAGCCUGACCUAUCUCGAGAAGAUGCCCACCCGUGAGCCCGCAAUCAUCGAUCUAUUCCGAAGACAGACAAAUCUUCGCUUUCUGGAUGUGACCAGCUCGACGGGUAUUACGGACUUCUGUUUGGAGCAGAUCGUUCGAUACAUAACAGGCUUGCGGGUCCUUGUCAUGACCGGUUGCUGGGGCAUUUCGGACUAUGGCAUCAAACAGAUAUUCCGACUGCAGCACCUAGAAACGCUGAACCUUUCCAACUGUAUCCGAAUGUCAAAGCAUGGCAUCAUCGAUGGGGCCGCGCACAGCAACCGUGCGAUCUUGAAGGAGCUCCAUCUGGAGCUGUUGGACACACUGGACGAGGAGUGUGUGGUGAAGAUUGGUGCAAACUUUCCCAACCUCACCGUGCUGAACAUCGGUGGCUCGUCGACCUGCAUGACCGACUGGUCAGCGCAGUACAUCUUCUGCAAUCUUGUUAAUCUGGAGCAUUUAAAUAUUGAGCGCAGCACGAAGCUAACUGAUGCUGGGUUCACCGGGAUCGAUCUGCCGGAGAAAACGUUCUCAAUCUGGGACGUAGAGGAAACGUUCGCGAUCGAUCGCUUGAAGAAGCUGCGCGUGCUGAAAGUUUCCGGGUGCUAUCGCAUGACGGAUUUUGCGCUACGGUAUGGAUUCCGGUUUACCGAGCUGAAGGAACUAAGCUUAUCGCGGUGUCAUCAGAUUUCUGAGGCCGGAGUUGAACGGUUGGUAGCGUCGUGUCCUGCGCUAGAGUAUCUAGAUCUAAGCGAGUGUCCCAACAUCAACGACAACUGUGUGAAGGAGAUCGCCAUUCAGCUGAAACGCAUCAGCACGCUAAAGUUAGCCAACUGUCCACUGCUGACGGAGCAUUGUCUAGACUAUUUGGUGACGUUUUGUAAAAACUUAAAAUAUCUCUACGUCAGAGGAUGCUUCAAGCUACCACCGGACAUUGCGGAACGCCUCACGAAAAUACCAACCAUGCGUCAAGUUUAUAAGUCGUAA